AUGAGAUCGCGCAACCGAUAUCCUCUGGUUACAGUUCGCGACCACGGCAGGAGAGAUCAUCUCGAGAGCUCUCAUGCUGCCUUCAUCAAGCAGCUGCCCGAGUUUGCGCGUCAUCUUCCCUACCAAGUCGGCACUACUGGGAUAGUCACGACUGCUGGCGCUUCUAGCUUUGGACAGGCGGUCUCCCUUGUCCUCCUAACGCGACAAACCGGUUCACAACUCCCGAUACAAAUAGUGCUCGACUCGACGGCGCCAUGGAUAGAUUUUCUCUGCGCCAACGAAAUGCCCCGUCACGACGCGGCCUGCCUUUACAUCAACGACAUGUGGACAAAGUUAUAUCCGUUCAUCACCGUCAAGUUCGAGCGCUUUCAGUGGAAGUCCAUCGCCCUCGUGGCCUCGACCUUCCAAAACGUCCUCUUUCUCGAUUCCGACUGUCUCCCCAUCCUCAACCCCGACCGCAUCUUCGAAAAAGGCGCCGAGCCAUUUACGUCAGCUGGCUUUAUCACCUGGCCUGACUUCUGGGCGUCCUCAACCUCGGCCAUGUUCUACAGGGUCGCCGGAGACAUCGAGGUGCCGCCGCUGACAUCCCGCGCCACGUCGGAAAGCGGCGUGAUCGUCUACGACAAAGCGCGUCACGCCGACACACUUCUCCUCGCGGUGUACUACAACUACAACGGGCCAGGGCGCUACUACACGAUGCUGACACAGCACGGGCCAGGAGAGGGGGACAAGGAGACAUUCUUCCAGGCGGCAUUGGUGCUGGAUGCGCUGCGGGAGAAGGGGGUCUACAACCCGCCGACCGAGUGGAUGAAGCCUGGCGUGGGGGUGAAGAAAGGAUACUGGGAUGUCAAGACUAUGCCACAGGCACACGGACGAACAGCUAAGGGAAACAAGUGGCGGGGCAUGUUCAUGCAGCAGAUGGACCCGAUGGAGGACUACCGGGCAGUCAUGGCCGCAGUGAAAGAGGCAGCAGACAACACGCCCUCCGACAAGGCAACAAGAUCAAAACACGACGACCACCCCCCUCCGCCCCGCCGCUUCUGGCCAUUCACCAACCUAUUCCCCAAAACAACACCACAAAAAACAAACCCCGACGACCCCAACAACCCAUCCACCUACCUCACCAACUCCACCUUCCUCUCCGCCACCGGCAACCUCACCACCACCCCCGACACCGCCCGCUUCAUGUUCUUCCACCACAACGGCGUCAAGCCCGACUUCACGCGCCUACGGGACGCCACCGCGGGUAUGCAGGCCGAGGGGGACGACGGCCGCCGGCUACGCAUGUGGGGCGACCCGGCCUGGAUCGUCGCCCGCACGGGUCGCGACGUGGAGAAGCUAUGGUGGGAGGCGUCGCUGGAGGUGUACUGCCAGCCUGGGGUGACGAGGUGGUUGGGUGCGGUGUGUGAGGAGAUGAGGAGGGUUUGGGGGAGGGUUUAUGAGUAG